UGAUUCAGUUGUAAACUUGACCAGUGUCAGUUCGGUUGUAUUUUCCAUUCACUCUUCAAAUUUUGCAAUCAUAUCCAAGUGAAUCUGUGAAAGACUUUGUGAUCUUGUGUGUACUUCCCAGCGAAUCAUCUUUUCCAACGAAUUUCCUUGAAUGAUUACCUUCUAAAAAUUGCGUGGAAACAAUGGGCAACUCCAAUUCGAUAUGUGCUGACAAGAAUGGCGUUAGUGGCCAGAACGGUGUAUAUCGCAACGGUGGAGUAAAUGCUGGUCGUCGUUGUGGGAACGAGACGCAAGCGCGAAAUACAGUGACAGAGUCAGGCCACCAACACAAGUGUUCAGGAGGCCCAGGAGGUGGGAAAUCGGUCGAUUCAUCGGCUUAUCGACGGUGUUUCUGUACCAGCAUGAGUGACUACAAGAGUAUUGAUAGGGUUGGACAGUGGCCAACAGGUGCUGAAGAUGGUUCUUAUAAUAAUGGAUCACUAUCGGGCUACGAGAGGCUCAGGAAUGGACGAUACAAUAAGGGUUUGGCAUUCACGAGAACCGAGAGGCAAUUGCUGGGUAUUCAUGGUUUGCUGCCGGCUCGUGUGAAGAGUGAUUCUGAGCAGGUGGAACACUGCGUGAUAUUGCUGGAUCGUCUUGAGAAUGAGUUGGACAAAUUUAUCUACCUCAUGAAUUUGCUGGAUCGCAACGAGAAGUUGUUCUUUCAAUUGGUGGCAGCUAAUACGGCCAAGAUAAUGCCCCUGGUGUAUACACCGACUGUGGGAUUGGCUUGUCAGAAGUACAGUUUGAUCUAUCAAUGGCCACGUGGGAUGUUCAUCACGAUCAAGGAUAAGGGUCAUGUGUAUGAAGUGUUGAAAAAUUGGCCAGAACACGAUGUUCGGGCAAUUGUGGUGACAGAUGGCGAGAGAAUUCUGGGUCUUGGGGAUUUGGGGGCGAACGGAAUGGGAAUUCCUGUGGGAAAAUUGGCUCUCUAUACAGCCCUUGGUGGCAUUAAGCCACAUCAGUGUCUGCCAAUAACACUGGACGUGGGCACAAACACUCAAUCCAUCCUCGAUGAUCCUCUGUACAAUGGUUUGAGGCAGAAACGGGUAAUUGGAGAGGAAUAUGAUGAAUUUAUUGAAGAAUUUAUGAAGGCUGUGGUGAGACGUUUUGGACGGAAUUGUCUGAUACAAUUUGAGGAUUUUGCCAAUGCCAAUGCAUUUAGAUUGUUGGACAAAUACAGGAAUUCCUAUUGUACCUUCAAUGAUGAUAUCCAGGGAACGGCUUCGGUUGCAGUGGCGGGAAUUUUUUCGUCGCUCAAGAUCACAAAGACCCGCAUGAGUGACAAUGUUUUGGUGUUUCAGGGAGCUGGAGAAGCUGCCCUGGGUAUUGCUAAUCUCUGUGUGAUGGCAAUGGAGGCAGAGGGAUUGGCCCAUGAGGAGGCAAAGAAGAGAAUCUGGUUGGUGGAUUCUCGAGGGUUAAUUGUGAAAAAUCGUCCAAAGGGUGGAGUUACCGGGGAGAAGGUUCAUUUUGCUCAGGAUCAUGAACCUGUGGAGACGCUCAAGGAAGUCGUGGAGACAGUUAAGCCCACAAUUCUCAUUGGUGCUGCCGCAAUUGCGGGUGCUUUUACUCCGGAAAUCCUGCAGACAAUGGGAAAACUCAAUGAUCGUCCUGUGAUCUUUGCCCUGUCCAAUCCAACGGUUAAAGCUGAAUGUACAGCUGCUGAUGCUUACAAAUACACCGAAGGACGCUGUAUCUUUGCAUCAGGAUCACCCUUCCCUCCAGUUGAAUACAAUGGCAAGACAUAUCACACGGGACAGGGCAAUAAUGCCUACAUCUUCCCAGGAAUUGCUCUUGGUGUCAUCUCAGCCGGAUGCUUAACCAUUCCUGAGGAUAUUUUCCUGAUUUCGGCAAAAUGUUUGGCAGAUCUGGUACGUCCGGAAGAUUACGAUGUUGGAAAUGUCUAUCCGCCGCUUGAGAACAUCCUGGAUUGUUCCCUGAAAAUUGCCGCAAGAAUCAUGGAAUACGCAUAUGACAAAGGAUUGGCACAAUUCCAGCCAAAACCGGAAAAUUUCGAUGAAUUCCUGAAAUCACAAAUUUACCAUCUCGAGCACGCUUCCCCUCUUCCAAAUGUCUACGAAUGGGAUUAGUUCCGCUCAAAAUACCUCUUUCCAUGGAAUGAUCAAAACCGAAAAAAAACAUCGAAUUCAAUCCAAAAAUUCUAAAAAAAACAACGAUUUUUCUCAGAGUAAUGUUAAAAAUUCCAGUUUCAUAAAGACAAAAUUAAUUUUUAUAAAAAUAGGUUGUGGUAUUCUCAUUAAAAAAAAAGAUUAAUAACAAUUUGUUGCAUGAAGAAAAAGCUCUUAAAAAAGACAGUAUUCAAAUUGAAGCACAAAAAAUUCUUAUUUUUAAGGUAUACUAACAAAAUUGUUUUAAAAUCGUUAUAAUUGCAUAAUGAUAAGGAAAAGUGGUACAAAUUUUAACAUUGAAAUUGAAAAAUUAAGGUUGGAAUAUCGUGAAUUAAAAAAUCAUCGACAGUAGAAGAAAAACCCGAGGGGUAAUCAUUUUAAGUACAGUAGACUCGCGCUCAAUCGUCUCUUUUACAAUCGUGCGAAAAAUUUUGUUGACAAAAUUUUUACGUUUAAUUAUGAAGCUAGUUCGCUCAAAUUCGCUCUAGUUCUUCCUAUUUUAUCGUGAUUCUUUAUAAUUGAGCGCUUUUUGUGGGAUUUAAAAAGGCUUUGACACCCAAAUCUAUCGAUAAACCGGAUGACAUUUUGCCCCAAAUGCCCAAUUGAGAGAGAGUCUACUAUAAAAUGGACUAAGUUCUCCCUUUUCGGAAUCUUUUAUGGCAGUUGCAUGUUUGAAUAAAUAUCUAGGGGUUUCUCAAUAAAAUUUAUAGUCACCAUUUUAUAUUUUUUGGGUUUCCGAAUUUCCGGAAAUAAUGCAUUCAUUGUUUCUGGAUGUUCCGAAAAGGAAUACGAGGCUUUUAAAUUUUCUCUAAAUGUUUCAGAAGAAACUUCUCGGAUUUCUUCAAUUUACAAAGUUUUAUUAGUUUUUGACAAUUCCGGAAAAUAUAUUUUCUGAUCUCAAUUUUUCGGGGAAAUCUGUAGGUUCUUUGAGUAUCGUGGUACAAUCUAUGUUUUACCUGACAAUGGCCUCAAUUCUGAGACCAAAAUCAAGAUCAAAAUUUCAAGCUGAUAAAUAUUUUCAAGAUCAAGAUUUCAUAUUCUGACGCGAAGCAUUUAUGGAACUUAAAAUGUCUUAGCUAAGAACCAAGAUUUCAAGAUUUUCCACACUCAACGAAACGUAAUUUCUGACAAAUAUCUUCAUUUCUUUGCCGAAUUUAUUAAAAAAAUCUCCAUAUAAAUUAGAAAAAAAGAAUUAGGGGAAGUUUGGCAUGCUUCGCACGCGCGAGCCUUCGAACAAUCCGAAUUUUCUCUUUGUUGGAAAAGAGAUGAAUCCUAAUUUCUUAGCCAUAAUAUAAGUAAUUAUAAAACACAUCUUUAGAACGAAAAUAGGCAGCCUAACCCUUUUUUCCUAGGGUCUAGGAUCAUAAAUAGAAAAUUGGCCCAAAAUUUGUAAUUUUGAUGGCGUACGUUUCGUGUGAUUUCUUACAGCUAAGUUCAUUUUCAGAAAAAAAAACACUUACAGCAAUAGAUUAAGGGUUAAUGUGGGUUGAUAUUUACGUAAUAAUGUUUUGCAUCGGAGGAAGUUUUUCCCUAUUGGCGAAAAACUCGCAAAUACUACACUGCGUAAUGUUUCAACCGCUGAAAGUGUUAUGGUUCGACAACCCAUUAGGCAACUCCAGUAGCUUGAAAAUCAAAUCCUAACCUCAAUGAGGAAAACAAAGGGAGGAAGACAUGUAGAAAGACUUCAGAGUGAUCAAGAAAAUUGAGCUGAUAAAUUUUUUAUGUUGUCGCAUUCGAAAUCCUCACAUUUUAGUCGAUUUGUCGUCAUUCAAAUGCAAGAGAAGUAGUGCUUCAGAUAAAUGGCAAAAAAAUGCUUUAGGGACAGUCUUUUAGUAAAAUGAUGGUUUUCACGGAUUCAUGGCUCUUUAAUCUAACAAUCGGUAAAAAGUAUUUAUUUGGGAGGAAGAGCUAUUCCAGGAAAAAAUGCAAUGACGAACCUAUACCACCUAUAGGUUGAACCUUGGCUUCACAGGCAAGAUUCGCACAAAUCGUCAUACACACGGCUCUUCGUUAUCCGGCACUUCGUUAUCCGGGUGACAGCUGCCAAACACGGCGGUUGAUGUAUUCAAAACGAUUUUUUACGAAGCAUUCAGUUUGUCUAGAGUGAAUUAAUGUGAUAUUUUUAUUUUAUCAAAGUUUUUGACACACAAUCGUGCUACAAAAUGAAGCAUAAACACACCACAAAGAAAAUUCUGUUGUUUUUCAGCAGAAAACAAAUUUCCACAGCCGAAAAUAUAAAAAUCGUUGACCAGAUUCAAAAAACCAAAAUGUCAUUUUGUCCCCACGUCAGCCGGAUAACAAAGAGUUGAGUGUACUUUUUUCAAUUUCCUGUCCAGGAAAAAUCAGAGCUUUUGUGGCAAUGAAUCAGGCACAUGUAGAAACCCAAAAGAUCAGAGAUUUUUUGGUGUAGCGUAAUCUACUGUCCAUUUCACAAUUUAGUCAGAAAAAAAAUCUUAAAAAUGGACUUCGAGAAAACGUGCGAACCAUGUCGAACUUCCCCUAGCUUUCUUCUACACAAUCUACAAUUUUCUCGUGUCUCUGUAAAAGAAAUAAAUAUGACUUUCUCAGGUUUUUAAAGAAAUAUUCGACAAUUUUCUUUGUUUUUUUUUGGGAGCAAUCGUUUCGGGUUUCUUCGGUUUCCCGGAGUAUCUUGGUUUCUCAAUGAUGUACCCCUCGUUGAAGACUCUCUAACAUUAUUCAAAACGAUUCAAGGGUUUCUCACUGAAGUAAUUUUUAUGUUAUUUAGCAAUUCGACAAACGCCGAAUAUUAUGAGCGGAACUGUUUCUCAUCCUCUUGCAUCAUUUCUAUCUCCUCCUUCCAUUUCCAGAGUCUCAAAAAGAUUUCUAUUAUUUUUUUCAACAUUUUUAUUUCACAUAGAAUAGAGUGAGAGAGCAGAAAAAUAUAUUUGAACUACAUUUUAAUUUCAAAUUUAAAAAAAAAUGAUGUCCACAUUGACAAAAUUCCACUCAAGAAUUCGCCCUUCUGGCAGGGCGAAGUAAAAUAAAUUUGCGUGAAGAUAACAAUGAAAAUAAAUUAUUAUUAUAGAGAUGCAAUAAAGAGAGUGUAAAUGUUAUCAAUGAAAAAAAA